CUAUAAUGGAAAGAUCACGGUCCGGGUUUUUUUAGUCCUCCUGGUGUGGUUGAUCAUGGCUGUCCCAGCAGGAAGAUCUGUGGUCUUUGUAACUGGAAACGCAAAGAAACUCGAGGAAGUCAUCCAGAUACUAGGAGACAAGUUUCCCUACAAACUAGUGUCGAAAAAAAUUGAUUUGCCUGAAUACCAGGGGGAGCCAGAUGAAAUUUCCAUACAGAAGUGUAAGGAGGCUGCACAGCAGAUUGAUGGGCCAGUCAUAGUGGAGGACACAUGUCUGUGUUUCAGGGCUUUGGGAGGACUGCCUGGUCCUUACAUCAAAUGGUUUCUUGAUAAACUAAAGCCAGAAGGUUUAUACAAGCUCUUAACUGGCUUUGAGGAUAAAUCAGCAUGGGCUCUCUGCACCUUUGCAUUCAGUGCUGGUAGAGAUGAACCCGUGCAGCUCUUCAGUGGGAAAACUGAGGGGCACAUUGUGGAGCCCAGGGGGCCUCGGGACUUCGGAUGGGAUCCCUGUUUCCAGCCGGACGGAUACGACAAAACCUACGCUGAACUCCCCAAAGAAAUAAAGAAUUCAAUCUCUCAUCGCUAUCGGGCGCUCGCUGCCAUGUCUGAGCACUUCUCAAAAAUCAACAAUACCUCACCACAGAGCAAGAAGAAGAAGCAGGAUGAUUAGAGGUUCUUUAUUUUCAGUUAAAAAUUCGAUGGUUCCUCUGUAACAACUCUCCUGUAAAGCCUACAGCUGAGCAGGCUUUGAGUUAUAUAUGUUUCUCCCUUAAUUUUAAUAAACCAGUUUUUUAAAAAGA